CGCAACAAGGGAAAGGUCUCCUCGAACUGGGUCCGAACGGGUUUACUCUCUCUCUGAUCCAUUUGCAGGUUUAGAGAGCGCUGAUUUUGAUUGAUGUAAUUAGCUAUUUACCAUUGGAGCAGCAUGUCCUCACCUGCAUCAUCAGCACACAAAAGCAGCGAUGAUGCGAAUCCUUUCAAAAUCCCUGAACACAAGGAUCUUUUCCAAAUGAGGAACAAAGAAAAAACUCGAGAGAGGCUGGAGCAUCAAAGUAAGUUGGCUCUACCUGUCCAUGAGAAGAUGACAUUUGCAGGCAGAACAAGGGUAAAACAAGCCAGACUGAGGAAGGAACUGAAAGAAGGGGAGAGUACAUCAGUCACAUACACUCAUGGACAGCUCCAAAUUACACCCGCAUGGAGGGUAUCUAUAAAAGACCCUAAUACUGAUAAAGGAAGCAUGAAUGAAUAUAUCACUAAGAGACGUGAGCUGUUCUUACUUGAGUAUUCUCUGGCAGUAAAGAGAGAAGAGAUUCAGCUACUAGAGCAAAUGGCUGCAGAAGAAGAGGGAAAAUUAACAAGAGCUGAGAAGCUCUUGGAAGACGAUGCCAUCUUGUUUGAAGAAUUUCUGAAGGAAAAUGACAAGAAUUCUGUUGAGGCUAUCAAAAUUGCUGAGCAGGAGACCAAGAUGAAGCUGGAGAAAGUAGCUGAGAUCAAGAAGAUUACUUCCAAAAUGGUGGCAAUCAAGAGUGACAUCUCUAAGUAUGAGGACAUCCUGAAGGAGUAUAAAAAGUAUAAAGAGUUUCUGCUGAUGCUGUCACCCCCAGAGUGGCAAGAGAAACAGAGAUCCAAGAGCAGGCGCUCUACUGACUCCACCAAUACUGAGAGUGAUGGAAAGCAGACAGAGAAAAUCAAGAAGAACAGAGAGAGAAAGACAGUCCCUCCAGACAGCAAGCGUGAAGAAAGACGAGUGGCUCAUGGUUUUUCAUCCUCUCGGGGGGCCAGGGCUUCAUCUAGACAAAGUGUGAAGUCCGGCCAUCAGAGCAGAAAAAUAUCUGCACCUGGGACUGACAGUUCGGAUUGUGAGGAGGACGUAGAAAUCUUCUUCAAAGAUCCUCAGGAUCUGUUAAACCUGAUGACUGAGCUGGAAGAGCAGAACCUUUCUCUCAUCCAGAACACUAGAGAGACAGAAGAGGCUUUGGAGGAGUUCAGACAGAAUGCUGAACUGACUCGCAAAAAUAUGGAGCUUGAGUCAAAGCAACUAAAAGAGCAGACUGAUAUCAUGGCUGACACCAUUCAAAAAGAGAGAGAGAGAACAGCAGAUUUGGAACUGAAAGCCAAACACUUCAGCUUUGGACAGUACAAACCAGAGGACCAGGACAAGAUUCUUGACACACUGAGCUCUAAGGUGGAAGAGGUCUAUCACUGCUGUGUGGGGGAAACUGAGGCGAACCUGACCAUUUUGCAGAUGCUGACAGCCAUUGAGGAAAAAUUGGGGCAGCUUCUGGAAAAUGCUGAAAUGAUUCCAAAAGACCAAAUGAGUAUAGCUGAACGCGCCAAAGAGAAAGAGAGGAGAAUGAGACUGCGUGAUGAGAAGAUACAUUUGCAGAUUAAACAACAGGAGGAAAGACAGAAAAAAGCCUUGGAAAGAUCGCAGACUGAGAUUAAGAAAACGUCUGUUAAGAAGCUGAUGCCACGCUCACAGCCUCCUGUCCGCAAACGUCAGACAAACAAAAGCACUGAAACUACGGACCGGGAAAAUGAAGAGUUCCUGUAUUUCUUUAGUUAAAUCACAAGUAUGCUGAUAGUUGUAUAUACAUGUGAUUUAAAAUUUUAACGACUAACUGUAGAUAGUAGAUAGCAUCAAGUAUAUAGAUCUUUCCUUGUAUUUGCAAGGUUUAAAUUUUGAACGGACAUGAAUAUGAAUGUAUGAAUCAUGAACGUGCUUUUGAGAACCAAGAAUAUGAAACUGACAAAUAUUUGCUGAUAUAAACUAGUCAAAAGUUUGAUUUAAAUGUAAAAUUUUAUUCACCUGUUUUGAAGUAAACCAAAGCUAAUAAAUACAUUUCAACUGCA